UUUAUCUAUCUCUGCGGGAGUCUUCUAGAGCUCCCCCUCGUGGUCAGAGAAGCUCGUCGAAGGGUGGGGGGCAGCACAUGCGUACAAUCUAGUCGACUCGUGGUUCGGGGAGGGUAAUAGGGCACAGGACACAGGACAAAGGGCAGUCCGAAUGGAAUGCGAUAGACAUAAAGUAGGGAGGAUCGACCGACAAGUGGACGACGUUUCGCGUGCGUGGAAGACAUGUAAUCUCUGAUAUCCCGAUAAGCACAGUGAUCAUAAGUGUAUCACAGCCGCGCAUCCGCAUUCAAGGCAGCAAACAACCACCGACCCAGCACAUCAUCCACCAUGAAGCUCACGACCGCCGCGCUGACGGCGCUGCUGAGCGCGCUCUGCGCCCACGCGGCGCCGACGACGUACCUGCUCGGCCUGGCAUCGCGGACGUGACGGGGCCCGUCGUGAGACGAACAUGAUGGCUACGCGUCGCUCGCGCAGACGGACACGGGGCUGCACCAGCGGCAGCGCGCGCGCGCGUGGAUCGUCGGCGAGUCCGCCGCGGACACCGCGGCGUCGCGCGUCGUGUUCGUCAACGCGGACAUCGCCAUGGGCGACACGGCAUCCGGCGCGCAAUCCUCGCGGAGCUGCAGACGCGCUAUGGCGGGCUCUACACGGCGCAGAACGUCGCGAUCUCGAGCACGCACCAGCACUCCGGCGUCGGCGGGUACCUCGAGAACCUCCUCCCGCAGCUGACCGCGCUUGGGUUCGUGAAGCAGAGCUACGACGCGAUCGUCGCGGGCGUCGUCCUGGCCAUCGUGCGCGCGCACGACUCGCUGGCGCCGGGGACGCUGGGCUUGGGUAACACGACGGUCGUCGGUGGGAACAUCAAUCGCAGCCCCACUGCGUAUCUGGCGAAUCCGGCGGCGGAACGGGCGCAGUACGUGGCACAAGGCGGGGACCAGGACAAGUUCAUGAGCUUGCUGAACUUUGGGAGCCGUGGGUUCAUCAGCUGGUUCCCCGUGCAUGGGACGAGCAUCUACGAGAACAACACGCUAGUGAGCACGGACAACAAGGGAAUGGCGGCAUAUCUGUAUGAAUGCGAACGUCGGGGACACCUCGCCCAACAUCCUCGGCGCGUUCUGCGAGUCGCCCGGGCAGCCCUACGACGGAAUGCCGUGCCAGGCGAACAGCUCCACGUGCGGGGGACGGUCCAGGACUGCCACGGCCGCGGGCCGGGAUUCCGCCUCGACUCGUACGGGUUCGCCUCGAACACGAUGAUCGCGCAGGUCCAGGCGGACGCGGCCCAGCGCAUUGUGUCGCACGUGCUGAAUUCGUUGUUGUUUCUGGUUGCUGACCGUUUGUGCUCCAGGGCGAAUCAUACGUUCACGCUGCCGAACGGAACAGUCGCGCAGACGUGUCCCCCUGCGAUGGGCUUCUCGUUUGCGGGUGGAACAACCGACGGGCCCGGCGCAUUCGACUUUGUUCAAGGCGACAAUUCGACCUCCCAGAAUCCGCUCUGGAACAUCGUCAAGUCCGCGGUGACACCCGUCCCCAGCGCAGCGCAGACCGCGUGCCAGUACCCGAAGCCGAUUCUCUUGAACACUGGAUAUGCUACGUUCCCGUAUGCUUGGUCUCCGAGCACGGUUGACAUCCAGAUGCUCAAGAUCGGCAACGUCGUCAUUGCGUUGAUUCCGGGCGAGCUGACUACCAUGGCUGGUCGCCGGCUGCGUGCCGCCAUCCGGGCCCAAUUGAUCGCGUCUGGGAUCGUCGGCAACGACGCAUACGUCAUCAUCUCCGGGCCCGCGAACACCUACGCGCACUACAUCACCACGCCCGAGGAGUACACCGUGCAGCGCUACGAAGGCGCGUCAACCAUCUACGGCCCCAACACGCUCCCCGCCUACAUCGACAAAUACACGUCCCUCGUCCCGUGGCUGGCCAGCACGCCCCCCGCGGCCGCGCCCGCCUCCGACGCCGCGCCGCCGGCGCUGCAGUCCGUCGCGCUUUCGCUGCAGACGGGCGUCGCGUUCGACGGGACGCCCGGCGGGCAGUCGUUCGGGAGCGUGCAGACGGACGUCGCGGGCCGUACGCGGCGGGGCAGACGCCCUACGCGGUGUUCACCGGCGCGAACCCCCGGGUGCGUGUUUUGCCCAGCUUUCCUGAUUCGACUCCUCUCAAAACUGAAAAACUGCCGACAGAACAACCUACGUCUGGAGCAGACGUUUUUGUAUGUCGACCAUCUUGCGGCGAACGGCUCGUGGACGCCUGUGCGGUCUGAUUCGCAUCCGUCGACGAUCUAUCGCUGGGCGCGGGUCAAUGGGUUGACUGGGACCAGCACUGUCAACAUCUCGUGGACGGUUGAAUCUGGCACCCCGGCUGGCUCGUACCGGUUCCGCUAUUUUGGUGAUUCAAAGGCGCUGGGAGGUACGAUCACCCCGUUCGUUGGCACUAGUGGCACUUUUACUGUUGUGUGAACCCACUUUGUACGGAUACUUUCAAUGGGGACGGAUCCGAGGUUCACGAUACAUACAUAUUACAUUAGGUCGAAGACAGCGAAAGAAAGCGUUGGAGAAGCUCAAUGCUAUUCAAUGAACGGAACGAUACAUGCAUGCAAUUACAAAUUCAAAAUGCGUUCACAAAAAGAAGCCGAUCA